GUGGACUUUAGACACUUUGUUGUCAUGGUCAAAUGGUGGGAAAGGAGUCUCUACUUUGGAGGGAACAGUCAUUUGGCGUUAUUGCUAUUUGCAAAGAAAAAAGUUACGAACGAUGCCAUUGCGAACAUGUAUGCAGACACCCAUUCAGCAUGCUAAAACAUUUGCUACUGCACUAAGCAGGCCCCAGUUUAAAUGAUCACCUUAAAGGAAAGAAACAUCAAAAACUGCUGAGUGUGAGAAGUUGCAGGAAAUCCCAGCAGGAGAAGAGUUUGUUUGUAAGCGGUUUCCGUAAAGGCACAUCUAAUCUGGAAAUCACUGAUUACUUUCAGAACUUUGGCACAGUGGCAAAUGUGAUAAUGGACAAAGACAAAGGUCUAUAUGCCAUUAUAGAAAUGGCUGAUACGAAGGAGGUGGAAAAAGUGCUGUCUAUUACACAGCAUUGUAUGAAUGGUCAAAAGUUACGAGUGAAGCACAAAGAGAAUAAGGAGUUCAAAUAUAUUCCAAAACAGAAGCAGAAUCCUGGGAAAAAAUUGAUUGAUUUUGAAGAGCUGACACAGGCUCUCUGUCAGGCUGUUGAUGUAGAUGAACAAAUGAAGCAGUUGCUGCAGCUGUUUGAGCUUACAGAGAGUGAAACAAUGCUUAGGAAGUUGAUUGUGUCACUUUUGCAGGAGGUCUUCUUAGAAUUUUUCCCAAGUUGUAGAAUCUUGCCCUUUGGGUCAUCGGUGAAUGCGUUUGGUAUCCAUGGCUGUGACAUGGAUUUGUUUCUGGAUCUCGAAAACACCAAGGCUUUCCAGGCAAAUGCUAGAAGCAAAGUUGAAACUGAAGAGGUUAAUGGAAUUAAACAGGAUACUCCGUCUGAAACUCAAUCUGAGGACUCGAUCUUGUCUGACAUAGACCUGGGAACGUCAACAACAGCUGAGGUGCUUGAACUUGUAGCAACUGUUUUGCAGAAAUGUGUUCCAGGUGUACACAAAGUUCAGGCUGUCACGACUGCCAGGCUACCUGUGGUGAAAUUUAUCCAUAAGGAAUCAGGCUUGCAAGGAGACAUUUCUAUUAAUAAUAGGUUGGCUGUACGUAACACACAGUUUCUUCAAUUAUGUGCUUCACUGGAUCAAAGAGUGAGACCUCUUGUUUAUACUGUUCGCUACUGGGCAAAACAAAAGCAACUAGCUGGAAAUCCUUUUGGAGGGGGGCCAUUAAUGAAUAAUUAUGCAGUGACUCUCUUGGUUGUGUUCUUCCUUCAGAACAGGAUACCGCCAGUCCUCCCAACAGUGAACCAUUUAAAAGAGCUUGCAGAUGAGGAUGACCAGUGUAUAAUUGAUGGCUGGGACUGCACUUUUCCAAGUAAUCAUUCUAAAAUUGAACCCAGUUCAAAUUCUGAAGGAUUAUGUGAGCUUCUGGCAGAGUUCUACAAGUUUUAUUCACAGUUUGACUUUGCUGGAACUGUAAUUUCGCUGAGCGAAGGUAAAGUUCAUCUUGUGACUGAUUUCAUUGGUUCUGAGUCAGAAACAAAUCUCCGACUUGGACCAAUUAAUAUCCAGGAUCCGUUUGAGUUGAGUCAUAAUGUUUCUGGAAACAUUAAUGAAAGGACAGGACAGAAGUUUAAACGACAAUUAGAUGAAGCCUUCAAGUACUGUCGUAGCCUGCAGUAUCAAAGAAAAUCAAACAAAGGGAAGAUCUGGGGCAUAGUCAGAUUGUUUCAACCUCUGAAUAGUACUGACUGUUCCCCAGCACAUUCUCCAGAAUUGGAUUAUAGUUCAGUCAACGAGUUGAACCAUGGUGGGAAUGUGUUUACUAUUCCUUUCAAAUUAUCUUGCCUUUCAGAGCAAACAAGGGAAAAGUUGCAUGGAUCUUCAGAUUUCAGGGAAAUUUGGUUUAACGAGGUGUGUCAUGCUGUCCUGUAUGUGAUGGAGACUGUUCUGAAAUGUAGUUGUACAUGUAUUGAGGGGAGUAAUGUGCAAACUGAUGAUAUAAAGAUCAGUAACUUUGGUGAAAAUAGGAAUGACAAUGAAGAUAACACUGCAUUGAAGAGAAAACAUCUUGUAGAAGAAAUAUCCGAAACAUCAAGCACGAAGAAAGCAAGAAUUGAAACUGUACAAUACCGGAGAGAAGUGACCUGGCACUGUGCAGUUUGGAGCAGAGUAUGGGUUGGACGGAGAAAAAUGAGACGUCAGCUCCAUUUUAGAACAAGUAAACCUGAUGCAAAUACAGAUGUGGCGAUCAAUUCCUUAGAAGUUGAAGAAAAGGUUACUGAAGGUAUAUUGCAGCAGGAAGAGUGCGGGGAUAAAUCCAGCCCAUUAAUAAUGUUUACGCUCUGUGCCUUGCUGGUUGGAGGUAAUGAAGACACCAGGGCAAUGAUCAGAGUCACCCCCGUUCAACACACUACUUUAUUUACAGAAUUCUUUCAUUUUCUAGAGUCGUUUGUUCCCAAGAUGACUGAAAAGUGCUUUGAAAAAUCUGACUAAUAUAUCAUGAUUGCUACAAUGAUUUGACUUCAGUUUAAAGAUUUUUUUCAUAAAUAGUAAAUUGAGUUCUGUAAUAUUACUGAAAGAUUUUAUUCUAAAACGGACAAUGAAGUUGUAUAUUUCUUUGAAAAACUUUGAUUACAUCUGAGUAGGAAUGUAUUUGUAAUAUAAAUGGUAUAACUACUAAGUCUAGGUUCAAAAUAAAGACCUUCAUUAGACAGAAAUAUGCUGGAUGUGACACUGAUGAUGAUGCUUAUUAUUACACCAACUUCCUGCAGCAAAACAAUGACAUGUGCCUUCUGUAUGUAUAGUGAGCAGUUAACUGGAUUUAUCUGGUGUGAAAAGUAGACAUGUUUCCUCUAAUUGAGAGAACACCGAAUUUCAAAAGAUUUAUGUUUGUUUCCUUGUUUUGCAAAUGUGGUGAGUUUGAUCUUGACAGACUAAAUUACUAAGUGUAAAUAAACUGUUUGAUCUAAUACAUGAACUGUAGUAUUAUAUAGCAACAUGUACUUGUAGUGUUAUACUCAGGGAGUCAUUGACUGUGAAUUUUGUCCUGCGGGCACUGUACAUUGUAUAGUCUAUUCACGACUAGAUUUUUAUUUGCAUUCUGUUGAAGAUUUUCUCCUUUGAAUUGAUCUGCUUGAUUUUAUUCUUGUACUGAUGUGGCGAAGGCUUUUUAAUUGUGUUUGUUUAAUCAAUAAAAUAUUUUUAGGCACAGAUAUCAAAGAUAACAUUUUAACAUGGCUAUGAAGAAAAUAGACAAAAGAUAUUUCCUAAAAACAGGUGUUUAGUUGGUGUACACUAUCUGAGCAUUUUAUAAUGAUGCAUAAGUACAACAAUACGGGAGAAAAGUUAUUGUGAUACAAACUGUUAUGGUUGAAAGAGUGAUGUGAUUUUUUUUUUCUCCUCCCUCUAAUUGUUUUACAAACGUGGAUAUCUUUCAUCAAAAACAUUAAAUGCUGGUAGUCAAACAUGCUGUUAGCGUGUAACAAACUGCUUCAUAAAUUUGCGAACUUUGAAUUCAUAAUCUAAUUAGAGGGUUCGAUGGCAGUUAUGAUUAUAUGUUAGAGCAGUGGGAGGGAUCUUUUUCUGAUGGCUGCAAACAGGCAGACAAAUUGGAAGGACAGGAGAAGCACCUUGCUGAGUACCAUUGUUCCAUUAUUAAAAAAAAAUCUUGGGGCUGAAUUAUCACAAAUUUUCAUGCUUGGCAACAGCGUAUGUGAUUUGGGAAAACAUUUGAAACAAAUUUAAUUAACACCUUUAAACUGUAGUGUGCCAAAGCCAAAUGAAACACAAUGAGAAUUGGUGAUCAUGUGGCUCCUGGCAUUCUGCAGUAUCAAUUUUGACUGUUCCCAUUCUCAGAACAACAUUGUAUAUCUGAGAAAUGUAUAGUUUUGUGUUUUCAUAUUCCAGGUCCUGAUGUAUGUCCUUUCUUUAAAAUGAAGACAUUAGUUUUAUAGUUAGUACAUGCUAGUAAAUGUCCUGUGCUAAUGCUCCUAAUGGGUUUGAUGAACUGUUGGUGUCAAAAUGACUACAGCACAUACAUUAUAAUGCAGUAUUAUUCUGUUAAGGUGCAGCAGUUUUGAAGAUGGCCUUUACCUUUAAAGCCACAAAAUCUAGUUGUGGUUUGGUUAGUUUGCUGGUCAGAAGGAAGCUGCACAUUUGCAGCACGAUAAAACAACAUGAAUAUCUUGAUUUCAUUCUCUCAAUUUUCACACGUGAAUGUGAUAGUUGAAAUGUGAUGGAUGUGCUCAGAUUUUAUGCCUGUGUUUUACUAAAAUUUAAAUUUGUAUGAGAAUUCUACAGUAUAUUUUAAACUUACCUUAAUUUUAAAAAUAGUUUUCUUAUUGGUUAAUAAACUUUUUCAUUUUCACC